AUGUUUGUUAGAGAAUAGAAAAGCGCCAAAAAUAAUGAAAAGAUUGCAUUCAUUGAAAUUGUGGUCAAAAACACUUUAUUUGAUCCAUUGAUCCAUUGAUUCACUUAUUAAACACAAUUCCAAUCCAUGGAAGCGCUUAAUAUCAGUGGUGUUGAAGUACUCUUCCCAUUCAAACCAUAUGACAUCCAAUUGGAUUACAUGAAGAGUGUCAUCUCAUGUCUACAUCAGAAAUGCAAUGGUCUUCUGGAGAGUCCUACCGGUACUGGAAAAACAUUAUGUUUGUUGUGUUCAACUCUUGGAUGGCUCGACUCCCAGAGGUUGAACACAUUGAAGCAGUUGAUGGACAAGAAAAUGAAUGGCAAUUCUAAUACUGAGAUUUCAAGUACUGUCAAUGGAUGGCAAUUAAACAAACAAUUGCCAAUAAUUAUUUACAGCUCAAGAACCCAUUCACAGUUAGCUCAGGCGUGUAAAGAGCUUAAAAGGACAUCCUAUAAGUCAUACAAAGCUGUUGUCAUUGGAUCCAGAGAUCAGCUCUGUGUUAAUCCAGAUGUGAUGAAAUUGGAGACAAUUUCAUCUAAGAAUCAGAGCUGUCGAUUGAAAAUACUUAACAAUAUGUGCUCUUAUUAUCGCAAUUAUGAGGAGAAAGUCGAAAAAAGUCCUGACUUUAGAGUGAAUCAUGUGUUUGAUAUCGAAGACUUGGUAACGAUUGGACAGAAAAACAAUUGUUGUCCUUAUUAUGCCUCACGACAUCUCAAACAAAGCGCUUCGGUUGUAUUCGCACCGUAUAAUUAUAUAUUAGAUCCACAAAUCAGAUCAGCAAAUAAAUUAGAAUUAGAGAAUUCAGUGGUUAUUUUCGAUGAGGGACACAACAUCGAGAAGAUGUGUGAAGAAAGUGUUUCAACAGAACUCAGGUCCCAUACAUUUGCCGUUUGUAUCCGACAUAUCAAUUCAAUACUUGAAAAAUUGAAACAAAUAAAUGAAGGAACAUAUGAUGGUUUGGAUCAAAAAGACUUGAAUGAACUUCAGAUUGAAUCUGUUAUAAAACUUAAAGAAUUUGUUUGCGAACUCGAGAUGGCCAUCGAUUCUAUGAUUAAAAAGAAAAAGACGACUAAAGUAACUCAUGACACGAGAGAGAUAUUUGAUAUAAUGGAAAGAUCUGGACUCGACGUGACCUAUGCCAUGGAAUUCAAUGAUAUUAUGAAUAAGAUUUUAAUGCUAUUAAUUAGUUGCGAUAAUAUCAAUGCCAGCCAAUCAAUGGCAGCUUCUGCUGCUUUCGAUGCUAUGUGUACGUUUGUCGACCGAUUGGUUCCCAUUAAGAUCACAACUUUAAGCAAUUAUGAAUUACAUAAAAAUGAAUUCAUUAAGAAAUUUAAGAUAUUUAGUCAAAAAGGAGUUGAUAUUGAAGAGGAAAAGUCUGGAAAUUUUUGGAACAAAAAGAGUUCUCCCAAUGAUUGGGUUCUAAACGUUUGGUGUUUAAGUCCCAGCAUUGGCGCCAAAGCUCUCGAAGAGUUUAAAAUUCAUAGUUUGAUAAUAACAAGCGGAACACUGGCACCCAUUCAUUCAUUUGAAUUGGAAAUGGAUAUUAAAUUUGGUGUUAAAUUGCAGAACAGUCAUGUAAUUAAAGAAAAUCAAUUGUCUAUAAUAAAUAUAUCACAAUCUAAUGACAAAAUUGUGUUGACAUCAAAGUAUGACAAUAGAGAUAAUUUAGAUUAUUAUCGAGCUUUAGGUCUCACACUAAUCGAUGUAUUGAAAUCAGUUCCCAAAGGAGUUCUUUUAUUUUUUUCUUCAUAUACAGCCCUCAAUAAAUGUACCGAAGUUUGGAAAAAUAAUAAUAAUAAUAUUUGGCAAAAACUCAAUGCUGUUAAACAAAUAUUUCUUGAACCUAGAAGUAAACAAGCAUUUAAUGAUAAUAUGACUAAAUAUAGACAGAAAAUAGAUGCGCCACAAUCUAACGGUGCCGUAUUUUUUGGCGUUUUUCGUGGAAAACUCUCAGAAGGCAUUGACUUACCCGACGAUUAUUGCCGCUGUGUUAUUAUGACUGGUCUUCCAUUUCCAUCAGUGGCCGAUCCAAGAGUUAUACUUAAAAAGCAGUAUUUGCAAGAAUCUAAAAGUAAAUUGUCUCCCGACGGGUGGUAUAUAUUACAAAUGAAACGCGCUCUCAAUCAAGCAAUCGGUCGUGUGAUCCGACAUAAGGACGACUACGGAGCCAUCGUUUUGUUGGACUCGAGAUUUGCAUCACUUAAUGACGGACUGUCCAAAUGGGUUGAAAAGUUUAUUUAUAAAACUCGAUCUUUUGAAGCCAAUCAAAAUAUUAGAAAAUUGGAGUCAUUUUUUGCUUGUAUAACACACAAUUCAAUUGCUAAUAAUAAUAAUAAAAUAAAUGAAAAUCCAGUAAAGCCGGCCAAUAAUAAUAAUAAUAUAUUUGUACCAAAAUCUAUGGUAUUAACUAACUUUAAAUCUAAAAAUGAAGUUAAGACUUGGUCUUCAAGCGGUGGUUUUAAUAAUAAGGAUACGAUUUUGAAAGCCUUUCAAACGACAACUCGUGACAGCAAUCAAACGCCAAGUAAACAGAAAAGCAUAUUUGAUAUGUUAUCAAAUAAAAAGACGGAAACUCAAGAUAAGAACAAAUCAACAAAUGGAAAAUCCAUUGAUGUUAUUGAUAUAAAUGAGAGUCCCAUCAAAAAGAUGAGACUAACUGUUCCUCUUAAGUCAAUUAGUUUAUCGCAAUCUAAUGAAGAUGUGUUAAAGACUCCUCCAAAAUGUGAAUAUCUUUCACCCAAUACUAAAUUGCAGUCAAUUAUUAAGUCCGGACGUAAUUCAGAUAAAAAGGUUCAUUGGAAUGAAGACCGCAAUACUGUCGUUCAUUUGGAACCAUUAGUUGUCGAUUUAGAUGAAGACGAAAUCAUAGACACAAAAACUGUAAACACCAUUCAAACUGAUAAUCAAAACAAUAAUAGUAAUCAAUUGGAUGCCAAUAGUAAAGAAACUGAUUCACAAUCAAGCGAUCAAUUGAUGCAAUUUUGGCGCAAAAAUGGAAAAGAGCUUAAAGAUCUUUUCAAAGGCACUGAUAAUUUUACCCUUUUGUGUGAAGCG